GGUACCAGACGCAAGCUGCGGGCGACAUUGUUUGGGAUGCUGGGUUCUGCUUUUCCAGAAUCCUGCCCUUUCCAAAAGGAAGACAGUAUGAUUAAGUUCCAGGAAAGGGCGACAUUCAAGGACAUAGCUGUUAUCUUCACCAAGGAAGAGCUGGCAGUAUUGGAUAAAUCCCAGAUAAAGCUGUACCAAGAUGUGAUGCUGGAAAACUUCAGGAACCUCAUCUCAGUGGACGGGAUUAAAAACAACAUUUUGAAUCUUCAGGGAAAGGGGUUAAGUCACCUUUCUCAAGAAGUGCUUCAUUGCUGACAGAUUUGGAAACAAAAGAUCCGGGAUUUAAGUGUGAGUCAGGAUUAUAUCAUGAACCUUCAAGAACAGUGUUCCCCACAUUUAGAAGAUGUUUCCCUCUGUGAAGAGUGGGCAGGCGUGUCUCUUCAGAUUUCUGAAAAUGAAAACUAUGUAGUAAAUGCCAUUAUCAAAAAUCAAGAUAUCACAGCAUGGCAAAGCCUGACACAGGUUCCUACUCCAGAAUCUUGGAGGAAAGCCAACAUAAUUACCGAGCCCCAGAAAUCUCAGGGAAGAUAUAAGGGAAUUUACGUGGAAGAGAAAUUGUACAGACGUGCUCGGCAUGAUGAGAGCCUCAAUUGGACCUCAUGUGAUCAUCAUGAGUCCCAAGAAUGUAAAGGAGAGGACCCUGGUAGACACCCCAACUGUGGGAAAAACUUGGGUAUGAAAUCAACAGUUGAACAACAUCAUGUGGUCCAUGUUUUACCACAGCCUUUCACAUGUAAUAACUGUGGGGUGGCCUUUGCAGAUGAUACAGAUCCUCGUGUCCAUCACAGCACUCACCUAGGAGAAAAAUCUUAUAAAUGUGACCAGUAUGGAAAGAACUUAAGUCAGAGCCAAUAUCUUAUCAUUCAUUGUAAAACCCACUCAAGAGAGACUCCCUAUGAAUUCCACGAAUGGCCUACAGGCUGCAAACAGAGCUCAGACCUUCCCAGAUGUCAGAAAGUCCCCUCAGGAGACACCUACAAAUGUAAAGAAUGUGGCAAGGGCUUCAGGUGCAACUCCUCCCUUCACAACCAUCAUCGAGUCCACACAGGGGAGAUGCCCUACAAAUGCCACGUAUGUGGGAAAGCGUUUGGAUUUCGGUCACUUCUUUGUAUUCAUCAGGGAGUACACACAGUGAAAAAGCCCUACAAAUGUGAAGAGUGUGGGAAGGGCUUUGAACAGAGCUCCAAACUUCUUAUCCAUCAGAGAGUCCACACUGGAGAGAAGCCCUACAAAUCCAGUGAGUGUGGCAAGUGCUUUAGUUCAAGCUCCGUUCUUCAAGUCCACUGGAGGUUUCACACAGGGGAGAAACCUUAUAGGUGUGGUGAGUGUGGAAAGGGCUUCAGCCAAAGUACACACCUUCACAUUCACCAGAGAGUCCACACAGGGGAGAAACAAUACAAAUGCAAUGUGUGUGGAAAGGAUUUUGGGUAUAGUUCUGUUCUUCACACUCAUCAGAGAGUUCACACUGCAGAAAAACCAUAUAAAUGCGAAGUGUGUGGAAAGUGCUUUAGUUACAGUUCAUAUUUUCACUUCCAUCAAAGCGAUCACACAAGAGAGAAACCAUAUAAAUGUGAUGAGUGUGGUAAAGGCUUCAGUUGGAAUUCAGAUCUUCAUGUUCAUCUCAGAGUCCACAGAGGACAGAGGCCCUAUAAGUGUAAGGCAUGUGGUAAGGGCUUCAGUCGUAAUUCGCACCUCCUUGCCCAACAGAGAGUGCAUAUAGAUGAGACACAGUACACACAUUGUGAGCAUGGCAAAGACCUUCUGACUCAUCAAAGACUACAUGAGCAGAGAGAAACAUUAUAAACGUAGUAAGUCAGGGUUAAAUUAGGAAAACAGAAGCCACACUGUAUUCCAGAUAACAGAGGCUUACUCAGCCUGUGGGAGGGCUGGGGGAGCAAAAGACAGGGAGACUGCCAUCAAUAAUGUCAGCCUGCAGCACUGGAGUGUGCCAGGCAAGGGUUGUGGAUUUCAAGAACUUCUGUGAAGCUCCCAUCAACUGCUGUAUGCUACAAUGGUAAAGUAGGUUACUCUUGACAAAUGGGUGGUUUGUGGUAGUGUUUGUAGUUAGAGGUCAAAUUUCCAUUAAAGGGUGUGUCCAGGAAGGAAAUUCUAAUUGGGAUGAUUAUGGUAAGGUCUUCAGUUUAGCCAAAGUCCUUAGAUUUUUUUUAGUCCCCAACAGAACAAUACUCUCUGUAUGAAGAACAUUCAAAAUUGUGCUCAGAAAUGAAACCGAUGCUCUUACUAUGAAAGAACAUUAGUACUCAGGUUUUCCAUGAGAUUCUCUGCACAGGCGAGAAGCUCUACAGAAGUGGCAUUUGAAGGGUGUGGCAGAGGUAGUGCUGUGUUUAUCACACUGGUUCCAUUUCCUUGCGAAUAAGAAGACUCUAUUUCCCAGUAACAUUUGCAGUUAAGAGUGUGCCCAUGUUUGAGCUCUAGCCAAUGGAGUGUGAGCAAAAGUGAUAUAAGCCACUUUCAGGUCUAGCCUUUAUAAACAUCCUCAGGCUUCUCUAUUCCUGCCAAGGUGACCUUGGAGGCUGCUUAUUCCAGACUGCAUUGAUAGAAGGUCGCUAUCUGAUCUGUGUUGGAUUUCUUUUUAUAGUAAGAAAUAAAAAUUCACUGUGUCUCACCACUGAGAUUUUUGGUGGUUUAUUUGUUACUGCAGCAUUGCCUAGGCCAUCCUGACUAGCAUGGAGGGAUUUUAUAGCAAUAUGUUUCAUUGUCAGUGGAGUCCACAUACAGAAGAAACAUUGUAAUUCAGAGUUCAAAGCUUUUAAGUCUUUAAGGCUAGAUGUGGCAGUGCAACCAUCUAAAAUGGUAUGGAUGGGACUUCUCCAGUGAUAACCUUCAUUCAUUGGUGUGUACACCAAAGAGAAAUGUUCAAGAUGAUAUAGCUGUGGUAAAACUUUACUGAAAAGUACAACCCACAGACGUAAGAAAUCUUAUACAAUAGAGAAACUCUGUAGCGUGGGAGCUGAAUAAGUUUGACAGCUCACACCUUAAAUGUGAUUAAAAAUUAACUAGAAUAGGUGUUCUGUGGUUAGUCUUAAUAAAAUUAAUUCAAUAAAACUAACAUUUACUAAAGUGAGCAACAACAUGUAAAAAACCAACAGUGUUAAUUGCAGACUGAUGCAGUCUUCUUCUCAGCAGACUUGUAUAAUAAUGGGUUUUUAAAGGGUGCUCUUUCUGUCAGCUUCCUACCAAAAUUGUCAUUUAAUUGGGGAUAAUAGAUGAAUUCGAGAGGAGAUCUCAUUGCUUAUUUUUAUUUUUAUUUUUUUUUUUGGAAACAGGGUCUUGCUCUGUCACCCAGGUGGCUGGAGUGCAGUGGCCUGAUCAUGGCUUGCUGCUGAAGCCUUGAAUUGCUGGGCUCAAGUGAUCCUCCUGCCUCAGCCUCCUGAGUAGCUGGGACUACAGGCAUAUACCACCAUGUUCAGCUAAUGUUUUCUUUUAAAAAUUUACUUGUAGAGAUGGGGUCUUGCUUUGUUGCCCAGGUUAGUCUCAUUCUGGUUUCAAGUGAUCCUCCCACCUCAGCUUCCCAAAGUGCAGGGAUUACAAGUGUGGGCCACUGCACUCAGCCCACAAUGUCUUUUAUUUUUUCUUCAAAAACAAUGUCCUUUUCUGUUUUAAUUGACUUAUAAGUUUCUUCAUUUGGAUCAUGGUUUAUUCCUAGUUUUUCUUGCAUUAUAUUUUCCUGCCAGUUAUAGUUUGUAAACAGAACAGCCAUUCAAGUGCAAAUAAAACCAUCCCUGAAGUGUCAUUUUCUUACUGAGCAGGUGGAUAAGAGUGAAAUAUUUUUAAAAUUCUGUGUCAGCAGAAAUGAGGAAAUGAGUGUUCUUACAUAAGUUGGUGGGGAAAAAAACAGGUACCAAGUUGCUGGAGAGGAUCUUGUCUAUAUGUAUCAGAUGUACAAUGUGCAUUGUCUUUGAGCCAAUGAUCCUGCUUCUCAGAAUGUAUUUUUAGGAUGUAAUUACAUGAGUGGAAAAAGAUGGUUUCAGAAAGAAAUAUGUUCUAAGAAUUUUGCAAUAAGAAGACCAUAAACGACCUGAAGCUUAAUGUAUAAGAGAUUAAGUAAAUUAGGGCAUCCCAUAUAAUGGAAUAACAUGGCUCCAUCAACAAUGAUCUAGACCUAUAAAAAUGUCCACAUAUUAUUGUCCAUGUCCACCACAUACUCCAGUCCUCCUACUUGCAAACAGUAGGUUAGAGAAAAAAUCUGGGAUACACAUUAUCCCAGGAAGCUUUUGGGGUUUAGAAUGGGUGCAACAUUCCCUCAUGACAGA